CAUCAACUUUCGCAUUCUAAAGAGCGAUACUGGGCUUGUCCUCACUGUGGGAAGACUUAUCUUCGGUCUGGACAACUAACGAUACAUAUACGUAUACAUACUAAAGAGACACCAUAUUAUUGUCGCUAUUGUCCGAAGGAAUUUAGAGGGUCGGGCGAGUUGGCGAAACAUGAACGCAUACAUUCUAAGGAGCGACCAUAUGCUUGUCCGAUUUGUCUAGAGAGGUUUACUCAGAUUUCCAAUAGGAACACUCAUAUCCGCGGACAACACCGGGCGUAUAACUGCCCCCACUGUACAAUGGCAUUCACUUCGUCCGAUGAGUUAAAGGACCAU